UAUAAUUUUAAUUAAAACCCUUCUCCUUCCUGUGCCGAUCGUUUUUCUCACGCCGCACACACGCGGCUAGGUUUCUUAGCUUUUUCGCACAAAACCUCUAUUCUUCUUCGAUCGAGCUCAUUCUCCAUCGAUCGAGCUCAUUCUCCUUCGAUCGACCUCUUUUCCCUACGCCACACGGUUCUGUUCUUCGCACGCCGCAAGCCGCCGCUUACACAGACGUCUUUCUACAGCGUCGAACUUCUUUCUCACACCGCACACGACCAGGAAUGCGCCGAAUCCACCCUUCAUCUUCUUAGGUUUGUUGUUAUGGAGUUCUGAGAACUUUAAAACCUCAAUUGAAGGAACAAAAGGAAGCUAUGAGGUGAGUGGAGGUUUUAGUCAAAGACACCAGAAGCUUAAGCUUUAAAGGUCUUUCCUUGUUACCUUUUUUUUUUUUUUUUGUAUGGUAUAUUUUUCUUUUAUACUGUGUAUUAUUCUUAGGUGAGGUAAAUUAUGAGAUACCAUAUAUUGUUGUAUCCUCUUAAGUGAUGAUGUUUCAUUCUUGAUUUGUAAAGCCUUAUCCCAUGUCUCUUUAAAUUUCAUUUAAACUAUAUUUGUGGUCUAUAGUUCUUAUACUUGAAUUUCACUUGUAACUUAGUUCUUUAUUUAUGAAUGUUAAAUUUAGUAUAUAUGCAUUUUAUAAUUUAACAAUUUAUCAUAAUGUUAAAUUGAUUUUAAUAAUUUUUUUUUAGAAUCAUUAUGGAUAAGAGUUGGGUGGUUUUACCGAGACAAACUGAGGAGUAUAGAAAUGGAGUUGAGUCUUUCUUACAAUUUGCAUUUUCUAAUGCUAACAUAAAUGGAAUGAUUUUAUGCCCUUGUGUGCGGUGUAAGAUUGGUAUAUUUAUUUCAAGAGCGGUUGCUUAUGAUCAUUUGACGGUUGAUGGAUUCAUCAAAGGUUAUACUCACUGGGUAGCUCAUGGAGAAAUAGCUUAUAGUGCAUCUACAAACUCUGAUUUUGUCCAAUCUCGAAAGGAUGCAGAUGAUAUGCAAGGAUUAGUUUACGAGGCAUUUGGGAUUCCAGAGCAUAAUGAUAGUAUUAUCAGCACAUCAGCAUUUGAAAAUGAUAAGGAGAUUCCAACUAGAGAGGCAGAGAAAUUCUAUAAAUUAAUUGAUGAUUCACAAAAAGAAUUAUAUCCAGGUUGUAAGAAAUUCUCAAAACUUGCAUUUAUUAUUCGUUUGCUUCACUUGAAGUGUCUAGGGAAAAUGACCAACAGGAUUUUUGAUAUGCUUUUAAAUUUAUUGAGAGAAGCAUUUCCAAAUGCAAUGGAUGAUUUGCCUAAGUCGUACUAUGAAGCAAAAAAAUUGAUGAAGCAAUUAGGACUUGGUUAUGAAAAGUUUGAUGUUUGUCCUAAUGAUUGCACUUUGUUUUGGAGGUUGGAUAAAGACAGAAUUCAAUGCAAAAUAUGUAGUGAGCUUAGAUGGGAAACAUCUGAAAAUGAUCCUACUGGUGAGAAAAGAAAAAUCGCACGUAAGGUUUUAUGGUAUUUUCCAAUAAAGCCUAGAUUACAACGUUUGUUCAUGUCAUCCAAAACAGCAUCCCAUAUGAGAUGACAUUCUGAAUCCCGUACAAAGGAUGGUUACAUGCGGCAUCCGGUUGACUCUCCAUCUUGGCAAACAUUUGACCAUAAGCAUCUAGAAUUUGCAAAGGAUCCUAGGAAUAUAAGGCUUAGUUUAGCAUCAGAUGGAUUUAAUCCAUUCAAAAAUAUGAGUGUGACACAUAGUACGUGGCCAGUUAUUUUAAUGCCAUAUAAUCUUCCACCAUGGAUGUGUAUUAAGCAACUAUACUUUAUGUUGUCACUAUUGAUACCUGGCCCAUCCGCUCCAGGGAAUAACAUCGACAUCUACUUGCAACCUCUUAUUGCAGAUUUGAAGGAUUUAUGGGAGAUAGGAGUUCAAACAUAUGAUGCAUCAACUAAACAGAAUUUUCAAUUGCAUGCUGCAUUACUAUGGACAAUAAGUGAUUUCCCCGGAUAUGCAAACUUAUCCGGAUGGAGUACUAAAGGAAAACUUGCAUGCCCAGUCUGUCAUCAAUUUACACAUUCACAAUGGCUAAAACAUGGUGAAAAUUAUUGUUAUAUGGGUCAUCGGAGGUUUUUAAAUAGUGAUCAUGUAUUUCGAAAAAAUGCUCAAUUUUUUGAUGGCACAGAAGAGCAUGGAAGACCACCACCUACACUAUCAGGAGACAUGGUGAUAAAUGAGUUGAAAAAUUUGAAAUUUACUUUUGGAAAAACAGUUAAUGAUAAUUCAGCUCUGCCAUUCAAUUGGAAAAAAAUGAGUAUAUUCUUUGAUUUAUCAUAUUGGAAAGAUAAUGUGAUACGUCACAAUCUUGACCUUAUGCAUAUUGAAAAGAAUGUAUGUGAAUCUAUUUGUAGGACAUUGCUGAAUAUAGAAGGAAAAUCGAAAGAUAAUCUCAAAUCACGACUUGAUUUGCAAGAAAUGGGGAUAAGAUCAUCACUUCAUCCUAUUUCGAAAGGAUCAAAUAAAGUUUAUUUACCUCCCGCAUCUUUUUCAAUGGGGGAAAAAAGAGAAAGAUAUAUUUUGCAAGGUCUUAAAAAAAAUCAAAGUUCCAGAUGACUAUGCAUCCAAUAUAUCACGAUGUGUUCAAAUGAAACCGGCAAAAUUAAGUGGUCUAAAAAGUCAUGACAAUCACAUCUUGAUGCAACAAUUAUUGCCAGUAGCACUACGCAAAACUUUAUCUAAAUCUGUUCAGAUUCCUUCGAUUAGAUUAAGCAGAUAUUUUCAAGAGUUAUGUUGUAAAGUAAUUUCUC